AUGAAACUGGGCAUAAAGAAGGCAAAAGAGUUCUCUAUGGCUGGCAGACCAAGCAGUUUCUUUCCCUAUGGCGGUGGUGUUUCCAUGUGUCCGGGACGGCUUUUUGCCAAACAGGAGAUUAUAUUGGCGGUUGCCAUGAUCGUAUCUCGGUUUGAUAUUGAGUUUGAGAACUGGGUCAAGUUCGAUGGAUCGAUUGCAGACCAGCCACCCGUCAAUGAGAAGGCGUCUGUUGGUGCUGGGUCUGUCCUGCCAGACCGGGAUGUGAAAGUCGGAUGGAAAAGGCUAUGGUGA